AUGGCGGGGUUGCUAGUUGGAGCCAUCGGUAUCUCUAGAUCAAGAUACGCGACGAAAUCCAACUGUGAAGAGAAGAAAGAUUCCUCUUAUGGUUCUACAAUUCAAGAUUGGUUAUCAAUCGAUUCAAUGAAAACACAAUUCACUUCACUUUCAUCUCGAUUAUCUCAAAUCUCUUCGGAACUUUCGGGAGAUCCUAAUUCACUUUUUCAAGAAAUUGUGGAAGAAUCUAUCAAUGAUCAAAAACUUAAUCCAGAGUUAUCUUGGAGAGCUUCAGUUAGAAUUGGAUCGGAUAUUGGAUUUUGCGAGAAAGGUUUUAUGAGAGAACGUAAACAUUUUAUGAGACGGGCACUUGCUUCGUUGAUAGAUGUAGAUGAGCGCGAAAUUGAUGAACGCGAUAUUCCUGUUGUUGGAAUCGCCGCAUCUGGAGGUGGUUAUCGUGCGAUGACUUCGACCACAGGCUGCUUGCUUGGUGCCCGCCAAUCAGGCAUUUUGGACGUAGUCAGUUAUAUUUCGGGAAUCUCUGGAAGCUGUUGGGCUCUCGCAGGCUGGUAUAGUGUAGCCGGUGGCAAUCUUCUCGACUUGAGCAAUCAUAUCAAGAGUCGUAUCACCACACCAUUUUUGGAUUUAGAAAACUUUCAACUUUUUACGGACGCGCCUACCAAUAAAUAUCUUCUCGCAGGCCCAGUCGCCAAACUUGCCAGUAAAGGUGGUACCACGUCAUUGGUGGAUGUAUACGGCACAUUGGUCUCAUCCCGCUUAUAUGUACCCAACGAUCUCUCGCGUUUGGACCCACAUCAUCUAAAACUUUCGAAUCAGCGCCACCUACUUGAUGGCUCUUUGCCCUUGCCUAUAUACUGUGCAAUAUAUCAUCAAGUUCCAGACCAAAUUCAGCGUACAAAUGAUUCAGACAAUGCUGGGAGCUCUUCGGAAAAAGUCGCUCGUGACCAAUCAUUCAUAUCACCUUCGUACCACUGGUAUGAGAUGACUCCGUAUGAAGUAGGCUCACAGGAUGUCGGUGCUUUCAUUCCUACCUGGGCGCUAGGACGCGCGUUCGAAAACGGUCGUGACGUCAAGGCUCGCCCCGAGAUAAGCCUUUCGAUUCUGAGCGGGAUCUUUGCUUCGGCUUUCACCGCCACCCUCGCUCACUAUUAUCAAGAAGUCAAGCCCGGUCUCGUCAUGUUACCAUUCUUCAAAGCUUUUGAUGCAUACGUGUCAACUUUUGAAUCGGAUCUAAGUGUGCUUCAUCCAUUUCCACCUGCUGAAUUGCCCAACUUUCUUCGUGGGUUAAAUGGUCAGCUUAAGCCUGGAAUCUCUGCGGCUGUGACCGAACGAGAAACUCUGGGGUUUAUGGAUGCGGGAGCGGAUCUUAACAUACCCUAUGUACCUCUUUAUCGACGAGGAUGCGACGUGAUCAUCUCUUUGGACGCGAGUGCAGAUUCACAGGAUGUUUGGUUUUCCAAAGCUGAAACAUAUGCGCAAAGAUGUGGGCUAGACACGUGGCCAAUCGUCAAAUACCCGGGCUCAUCGGAAUCCGCACCAGCCACCGAGCAUGCCGAUCAUGAUGCUGAGAUUCCAUUGGACAAGAGCGAAGUAGCUGUCAAGAAGUCUCGUGUACAAGCUUUUAGUCAAUUGGAAAAUGAAGACCAAAAGUCUUCCGAUGGGGACGAAGCCAAUCCAUUUCCAGCAGAAACCAAAGGUGCCCCUGACAGCGCAAAUCCCGAACCGCCUCUUGGUCGAUGUAAUAUAUGGGUAGGAGACUCUUCCAACAAAGAAAUAUCUGCACGAAUGGACGAGCCUAAUGAGGAGAUGAUCCGAUCACGCGAUGGGCCUGCUUUGAUCUAUAUUCCUCUCGCUCCUGGAAAUGGACUAGACGAUCCGGCAAAGGUGUGGUCCACUUGGCGCUUCGAUUACAAAGAAGAAGAAACCGAACAGCUAUUGAAAUUAUCAGAAAUGAAUUUCCGCAGUGGAGAGCAACAGAUGAAGGCGGUGUUGAAAGCGAUUUGGAAGCGAAAACGUGAUAAAAGAUUAAGGAUGAACUCAGAAUCUUGA